AUGAACCAGGGAAUUAGCUCAUUGGCCAUUAACCCUACGUCUCCGUACCAUAGCACGAAUGCCUCGCAAACCUCUAUCGUUUCGAGCUUACAAAGAGAGCGGGGAAUCUCCACUGAUAACAACACUUACCGGGGCCCUCGGUAUUCCGGGACUUCGCCCUUGUCUCCUUUGUCAUCGCGUGAACACCGUGGGUUUGCGGCUGGCCGCACAGCACCCGCGAUCUCCUCGAAUCCUCGAUCCGAAAUCUACAACGCAGAGGCUCCAACUGCCGGUCUAGCCUACGCCUUUCCUGACCCUGACGUCUCCACACGCACGCAAUCAUUUGACAGAGCUUCCUUCUCUCGCAAACCAAGUGCCACAGAAUCUUUGUACAAACUACCUGCAAAUGCUCACCACCACCACACUUUACAGCACAAGCAAGUUCGUGGUCUCAUAGGGGAAGCGGAACAACAUUCUGGCAGCACGCCUUACAGCAGAACGCCGGAGCUUAGAGUUACGCAUAAACUGGCAGAAAGAAAACGCCGCAGUGAGAUGAAAGAUUGCUUCGAGGCCUUGCGUCUUCGUCUUCCAUCCAGUCAGAAUAACAAGUCCAGUAAAUGGGAGACACUGACAAGGGCAAUCGAGUACAUCAACAACUUGGAGAAACAGGUUGCAAAUUUCCGUAGGGACAAUGAACUCCUACACCAAGAGCUUCAAGAGAUGCGGCGCCAGCUCAACCAGCAGCAAUCUAAUGGCCAGUCACGAACAGCGUCUAUUUUUGAGCACCACCAGAUGCCUGUACAAUCAAAUGGCCAAGUACAUGGCCCUGCGCAUGGGCCGGUGUAUACCGGUUAUAGUGGAUCGCCGGGAGCGGCAGAGGAACAACCCCGUACCUUACCUCCGCUGAUGAACGGUUCUGUUGCGCCGAUGCAAGGUGUGCAGUACACCGAUGACCGCCGGUAA